UGUUAAGUAUAUCAACUUGCCAUUAAUUCACAGCUCAAAUUAAGAAGAGAAACUACACCCCCCGGCCCCUUCUGAUCUCCUCUUCCUAUCAUCUCCUGAUUCAUCUCCUUUGCCGGGCAGUUAGCUAGCAAGGUUAAUUUAGUCCCUGGAUAAGUACUGGAAUGACAAAGGUAUACCCCAACGUCGCUCCCACCACUACUAAUAAGAAGCAGCAGCUGUUCAAUCUCAAGCCCGCUAAUAACGCCUUGGAUGUAGAUCAUGCGGUUGUCCUAACCGUGUGGAAGAAGUCUUUGCUGUUCAAUUGCCAUGGCUUCACGGUCUAUGACGGCAGGGGCAACCUUGUGUUUAGGGUUGACAACUACAUGGCCACUUCCGGUAAUAAUGGUGAGAUCGUUCUCAUGGAUGCUGUUGGCAAGCCUCUCCUCACCAUCCGUCGCAAGAGGUUGAGCCUUGGAGAUAACUGGCUAGUGUAUGAAGGGGAAACAACCACCAACCCUCGGUUUUUGGUGAAGAAGCAUGUUAACAUCCUCAACACAAAGUGUUUGGCUCACGUUAGUCCGGCCUCAGGCAGUAACAAGAACGUUGUGUACGAGAUAGAGGGAUCGUAUGCACAAAGAUGUUGUGCCGUAUACGAUGAGAAGAAGAGAAGAGUGGCUGAGAUCAAGCAGAAAGAGUCGGUGGGUGGGGUGGCUUUUGGUGUUGACGUAUUCCGCCUCAUUGUUGGUCCAGAAAUGGGAACCUCUAUGGCCAUGGCCAUGGUCAUCCUCCUCGACCAGAUGUUUGGCUCAACCAGACGAUUCUCUACCUAAGCACUAGCUAUGGCACUUGCCACAAACAUGGAAUCAAAGGCCAGGGUAUAUUAAUUUAUAGUACAGUACAUAAUUAAUCUGCAAAGAACGAAUGAUCAUCCCAUUCUGAUUUUGAAUUUUGAUCUGCUAGCUUUAUCCAGCUUGAACACUGUGGGAACUGGAAAGUUAAUUGUAACACCACCAUCACCAUCUCGUCCCUGAGGGCCUUUACCUUCUUGGAUACGACCUUUUUACAUGCAAACCCCCACCUUUUCUUCUUUAAUUCUUCUUCUUCUUCUUGUUUUUACGACCUUUUUACAUGCAAAUCCCCACCUUUUCUUCUUUAGUUCUUCUUCUUCUUCUUCUUCUUGUUUUUUUUUACUGGCAAUCAGAGCUAGCUUGGUUUUUUCCUUUUAAAUAAAAAACCAAAGCUCCAUGUGGGAGAUAUAUCAUGUAUAUACGCAUGUAUUUCAAUAGAAAAAACCAAACUACAAUAGUUUGAUGUCUCA